ACAAACCUCCCUUCUUCCCCGGUCGCCCCUUACUCCUCCUCCUCUGUUGGGUCCAUAUGGAUCCCUCUCCUGUGCUCCUUUUUGCUGUCUUAGCUUCGCUGCUGCUGCUGCUGCCUCCGUUCCCUUCUCUGAGUGCAGACUCCUCUUCCUCCUCGGGCGAUGUUGUGGACCGAGAGGCUUUGCUAUCGCUAAAAGCUUCCAUGAAAAGCGAUCCCUCCGGGACUCUUGUUUCAUGGAACGAAAGCUCCGACCUGUGCCAGUGGCGCAGAGUCGUCUGCAACAACCGAAGCAGAGUCUCGACUCUGGAUCUACAGGGUCUCGGACUGACAGGUUCCGUCGGUCCUUACCUCGGCAAUCUCUCCUACCUCCGGUUUCUCUACCUGCAAGACAACCAGUUAUCCGGCGAGCUCCCUCACCAGCUCGGUGGCCUUCUUCACCUGGAGGUCCUGAACGCGAGCUCCAACCUCAUCGGCGGCGCGAUUCCGGCAAAUCUUAGUAGGUGUUCCAAUCUCACCACCCUUGAUCUGUCCCAGAAUGCAAUCUCGAGAAGCAUUCCGUCCGAUCUCGGACUGCUCUCCAAGCUCCAAAUCCUGAAACUAGGCAAGAACCAGCUCACCGGAACCAUUCCGUCAGCCAUCGGGAACUUGUCUUCUCUCACCACAUUGAAUCUAGGAACCAAUUCUCUUGGCGGACCAAUUCCAGGUGACUUAGGCCGCCUCCAUGCUCUGAAAGUUCUGCAGAUCGCCAUCAACGAUCUCGCCGGUCAGGUUCCUCCGACGCUGUACAACCUAUCCUCGCUCGUUUUCUUAGACUUUGCUUCCAACGACCUGUUCGGUGAAAUACCCGGUGAUGUCGGAUAUCGACUCCCCAACCUCGUCGACUUCCACUUCUGCUUCAACCGGUUCACCGGCCUAAUUCCACCAUCGCUACACAACGUCACCAGCAUCCAAAGCCUUCGCUUCUCUCACAACUUCCUUCACGGUCCGAUUCCUCCCGGGCUGGGCAAUCUCCGUAAUCUGGUCAUGUACAACAUCGGCUUCAACCAGAUCGUUUCCUCCGGCGCCGAUGGGCUCGAGUUCAUCACCUCCCUCACAAAUAGUACCCGACUUGAGCAUCUUGCCAUCGAUGAAAACCUCUUGGAGGGCGUGAUCCCGGAAUCGGUCGGCAAUCUGUCAGGUCGUCUCUAUAAGUUCUACUUGGGUGCGAACAAGAUAUUUGGUAGCAUUCCAGCUUCCAUAGGCCAGCUUUCUAGCCUCGCUUUGCUGAACAUGAGCCACAACUCCAUCUCCGGAGGAAUCCCGCCUGAGGUUGGCCAGCUCAGGCAGCUCAAGAUGCUGGGUUUGGCCGACAACAGGCUGUCGGGAGAAAUUCCGGCAGCUAUCGGAAACCUCACCAUGCUUACCGUGCUCCAACUGUGUGGGAAUCAGUUGGAGGGAAGCAUUCCGUCCACCCUCGGCCAGCUGCAGCAGUUGCAGUCCGUAGAUGCCUCCAGCAACAAGCUUGAAGGUAGCAUACCCAGGGAGCUCUUCACCCUCUCAACCCUCACCUCUCUCCUGAAUCUAUCCAAGAACUCUCUCUCAGGGCCACUGCCCGAGGAGAUCUCUGAGCUUGUAAACGUCGUUGCCAUCGACCUCUCCGGCAAUAUGUUGUCCGGAAACAUCACGCCCUCGAUCGGAAACUGCAGGAGCUUGCAGAUUUUGUCCAUGUCAAACAACUCUUUCUCUGGACCAAUUCCUGAUGCUAUAGGAGACCUGAAAGGCUUACGGAGCAUCGACCUCUCCCUCAACCAGCUUUCUGGGCCGAUACCAGAGAGUCUAGGAGAACUCGAAGGACUCGAAUUCUUGAAUCUUUCUUACAACCAUCUCGAAGGAGUUGUUCCCUCCGACGGUGUCUUCAGAAACCUUUCCGCUGUCCAUCUCGAAGGAAACAGUAAGCUUUGCAGGUCAUCGGCAUGCACGAACACCAGAAACCGUUCCAAACUGCCUCUUUUCUCCAUUGUCAUCGUGACUGCAUUUAUAGUGUUUCUCAUGGCGAGCACCAUAUGCGUCUUCUUUGUCAAAACAAGAACGAGGGCCGCGAAGAUCUCCACCAUGACGGACUCAACGAGAGGGCAGCACCCGCUAAUUUCUUAUGAGGAGCUCCACCGAGCUACUGAGAGUUUUCAUCCAAGAAAUCUCGUCGGCACCGGUAGCUUUGGCUCCGUGUAUAAAGGAGUACUGAGAGAUGGAAUGCAGGUGGCAGUGAAGGUACUGAAUCUGGCGGCAGGCGGCGUUCUGAAGAGCUUCGUAGCCGAAUGCGACGCUCUGAGGAAUGCCAGGCACAGGAACCUGGUGAAGCUCAUAACUGUCUGCCUGAGCUUGGAUCCCAGAAACGACGAGUUCCGAGCGCUGGUGUACGAGUUCAUGGGAAAUGGAAGUUUGGAGGAAUGGAUCAGAGGUAAGAGGAGGCAUGAGGACGGCAGUGGGCUUAGUCUCGUGGAAAGAUUGGACGCUGCCAUCGAUGUGGCGAGCGCUCUGGAUUACUUGCACAACGACUGCGAAGUCCCGGUGGUGCACUGCGACCUUAAGCCAAGCAAUGUGGUGCUGGAUGCGGACAUGACCGCAAAGGUGGGAGACUUCGGACUGGCCAAAGUGCUAGUAGACAUGGAAUCGACUACCACUCAUGGGCUCAGGGGAUCAAUCGGAUACAUUCCACCAGAGUAUGGAUUUGGUGGAAAACCUUCAGCGAAAGGCGACGUCUAUAGCUACGGGGUGAUGCUCCUGGAACUGAUCACGGGGAAGAGCCCCACGGACGAAUGUUUUGCAGGUGAUCUGAACCUGGAGAGAUGGGUCAGAGCCGCAUUCCCUGAUGAUCUGACUCGAGUCUUAGAUGCCGAGCUCACGAAAGCUUCCAUCUGCCAUGGAGGCCGGCGGAUAAGCCCGGAGAAGCAGGAUGAGUGCUUGGUUUCAGUGACCAGUGUUGGAUUAUCCUGUGCUAAAGAAUCGCCCGAUGCACGUCUCACCAUUCGUGAGGCUCUUUCCCAGUUGAAGGGCAUCAGAGAUGGUCUUCUGAAGCUUGAACUUGCUAUUACGAUAUAGAUAGUAAGCUGCAGCACGUAGAUGACACUCAUGUAGCAACAUGGAAACAUCUAUUAUGUUACAGAUCUAGUGACUCCUAUCACAUAAAUCUUGUAAACGAUGUAGUAGUCGUCCUUUUAGACUCGUUCAUAUCAAUUCAGCUGUAACAGAGCAUCACGACAAAGAUUAAGAAGAUUGCAAUCUGCUAAAAUAUUUCAACG